AUGCAGGGAUCGGAUCACGCACCGCCGACAUCCAUCACCGUGAACCAUGCCAACCUCUACAAGCGGGGGGCAAGCCUAGUGGAUAUAUUUGGGCCAAACGUGUCGCCAGGAAGGGAACUCCUCGAUGAGAUUCAGCGCAUCUAUAAGGUGCCUGCCGUGAAGAACCUCGCAUGGUUUAUUGGAGACGGCGAACAGAAGGCGAUCAUGCGUCACCCCCUGAACUCGAGACGUCAGGAUCAAGUCUUGCAGGUUUACAAGAAAUCGGUGCAGCAGCGCGGCAUCAUCAAGGGGGUCAGAGGUGAGUGUUGGGUCAGGGCGCCCAACCCGGAGAACAAUGAAACGGUCUACCUAGCACUGACGUUUGGCACAUUGACGGAGGCAUUUUACGCUGCGUGGGCUGAUGCAGACCGCGAAUCAUAUGCAAAUCUCAAGCUGACACAUCGUGUCGAGAAGGCAUGGGCGAACCAUCGACUUGCGUUGGGAAUCACCGCACGAACUCCAGAGUACGAAGUCCGAUACAGGGAGUUCGUCCAGAGCAACUACCCGGACGUAUGGACAAGUUUCAAGCACUUCGAAGCUACCAGAAACCUCUACAACACCUUGGUCAGGUAUCAGGUCCUGCCGGAUGUGAAGGAGAUGUCAGAAAAACAUUGCCAGUAUCUACAUGCAGAAUUGGCACACGACUCCGUCAUCUACUGCAUGAAAGAGCUUAUCACGGCAUGCACAAGCUUCUUCGAUGCUAUGUCAUUUCACGAGCGCAAAGCCAUCAUCAUGGCCCUGACUUCGUGCUGUGCACCUUGA